GCUCGUCCCGCAGCAGGUUGACACACCAUGGCGUUCUUCACUCAUCACGUCUGCAGAGGUUUGUCGUCCUCGGCUGUGAGGAACGUCGUCAUUAAACAUGUCACGAUCAUCGGAAGUGGACAGAUGGGGGCCGGAAUUGCACAGGUGGCUGCAUCAACUGGUCACUCUGUGACUCUUGUAGACACAAAUGAUGACAUCCUGAAGAAGGCUAUCAAAGGAAUUGAAGGGAACCUCAAAAGAGUGGUCAAGAAGAAGUUUUCUGACAAGCCAGAGGCGGGUGAAGCGUUCAUCCUGAAAGCCCUGCAGAACGUGUCCACCUCGACGGAUGCUGCAUCUGUAGUCCAGGGCUCUGAUCUUGUGCUGGAGGCCAUUGUGGAAAAUAUCAAAAUCAAGCAGGAUCUCUUCGGUGGGCUUGACAAGCUGGCACCGGCGCACACCAUCUUUGCCAGCAACACAUCCUCCCUGUCCAUCACUGACAUCGCCAGCGCCACCAACAGACUGGAUCGAUUCGCCGGCCUUCACUUCUUCAACCCAGUCCCUGUGAUGAAGCUCGUAGAGGUCAUUGGAACCUCAGCAACAAGCCAAGAGACUCUCGAUUCUCUCCUGAACUUCAGCAAAAUACUGGGAAAAACCCCGGUGUCCUGCAAGGACACGCCAGGAUUCAUUGUCAACCGCCUCCUUCUUCCCUACCUCAUCGAGGCCGUCCGAAUGUAUGAGAGAGGUCAUGGGACCAAAGAGGACAUUGAUAUUGCCAUGAAACUGGGGUGUGGUUAUCCCAUGGGACCCCUUGAGCUCUCUGACUAUGUAGGACUGGAUACGAUGAAGUUCAUCAUGGAUCAUUGGUCUGUAGCGAAUCCUGAGGACCCGUCCUUCGCCCAGAGUGAACUGCUGAACAAGUUGGUUGCAGAGGGCAAAUUGGGCAAAAAGACAGGAGAAGGAUUCUACAAGUACAAGUGAUUUACUCGCGCCAUUAUGAAACUAGUCAGCACUUCAGAAUUUAAGCCACCCAACAGGGACUGAUUAGAAACAGAAAUAGAAAAAGUGCCUUCUAUAAUAUAGGCCGACUUUUGUCUGUCACUCCAAUUACUUAGACGUGUGUGUGUACUGAAGAACAUCUUUGUGUGUGUGAAGAGAUUAAAUCCAAUUAAAAUAGAUUUUUCAAAUA